GCAGCGGAGACUAUCUGGAUGUUCCCGGCGACGGAACUACCCUUUCUCAAUCUAGUCUCAGCUAUGAGGAUGAGCUGGAAUACGAAGACGAGAUGGAAUUAUUUAAAUCAAAAGACUAUGAGUUAGAGGAUGAAUUACAACGCAUAUCACUCAAUGAUCGAGGUAAUGCUGGACAACAAGACAUCGUUCCUGGCACAAAUGAAGAAUUCGAACCAUAUAACGAAUGGUCAGAAUUUUUGCACAUUGUGACUGUGAGCGGAGAACGCCGCGAUGGUGACACGGUGGAUGGCGGGCUGGGGAAACCCACAGAAAGAACGGGAUUUACCCAGAAUCGGCUUCAUGAACAGAACGAGGGUGAUGAUGAUAGCUUUGCUGUUGAGUUGAAGGAUGAAACGACAAAUGAAAAGACUCUAUUACUAAAAGAACAAUCGGAGACUGUGGAAACUCGUUUAUUCGCUGCUAUCGAGGGCGGGGACAUCGAUGAAGCUCGGAAAUUGAUAAGAGAGGCGAAACUGUUAUUUUAUAUUGAUGGCAUGACUGUUUUACACCAGGUAGCCAUGUACAACAUGGCCGGCGUCGUACCGGCACUUUUUUAUUUCAGCGAUUUCUCCCAAUUGAUGGAUGUAGCUGUGCGUAACCCCGCAAGUCGUUUCCAUGGUUACUCUGCCAUCCGCAUCGCCGAGAAUAUGUCGCAUAAUAAAGUCAUUGAGUCGAUCAAUCAAUAUAUCGAAGUGGAGCAAAGUCUGACCGAUCUUCACCGUGCAGUCAGAGGUGGACACAUGAAUAUGAUUAAAAAACUGUGCAAAGCAGGAGCGUUGGUGAAUGCUAGGGCCAAGAAACACAUCACCCCCUUGUAUUUAGCAUGUACGAUCGGACGGUUAGACAUCAUAAAAUUAUUAGCUGGGUUCGGCGGAAAUCUUAGAGGAAAAACCGAGCAAGGUGAUUCUUUACUUCACCGAGCAGCUCAGCUGGGCUUUGUGGGCAUAGCUGAGUUUCUGCUGACUAGAAGGUAUGACUACGUGGAUAUCGACUGCCAAAACGUUAAUAACGAAACAGCCCUGCACAAAGCUACGCUACAGGGCAAUUCGGAAAUGGUCGAGUACCUUCUCCAACGUGGGGCAUCGCCUAAUAUCAAAGACGACUGCGUGUACACCCCUUUACACAUUGUUGCUUGCGGCGGAGACGCGGAUGUGGCGCAACAUUUACUCCGCUAUGGCGCUAUCGUCGACGCAUGCGACGCUGAUAACUGGACCCCACUGCACUGCGCCUGCAAGUACGGCAAUUUAGAAAUUGAGGAGUUGCUGCUGCAAAAGAAAGCGUCGGUAUUUGCGGAAACCAAAGGGCUUAACAAUACUCCAUUACAUAUUGCAGUUGAAAAUGGUAAUUGUAAAAUAGCAGAGAACUUAAUCGAGACUGGCGCUAACGUGGAAGCCCGUAACUUGUACGGCCAUACUCCACUACAUAUAUCCGCUAUUAUGGACAAUCUAAAUAUGGCGGAGCUUUUGGUCGCAAAUGGUGCAGAUGUUGAUUCUAUGGAUCCAGGCCAGACGAAGAUCAAAUCUAAGCCUCGGAGAUUAUACCCAAUGGGAAAUGUUGUCGUCCAGAUAGAAAGUGUGCAGAAAAUUGCGGAAAUUUAUUACUCAGCAACGCCGCUCCAUUUUGCAUCUAAACAUGGCGGUAUGUCAGUUGUAUUGUUUUUGAUUGAGAAGGCAGCCGAUGUUGACGCCAAAGACCAACAUGGAAAAACUCCCCUGCACUACGCCGCGGAAAGUGGACAGCUGAAUGUGGUCGAGACACUGAUUGACCACGCGGCGACUAUCGAUGCAACAGACAAUAGGUGUGGAACUCCGCUGCAUUAUGCGUCGGUGAACGGACAUGUUGCGAUCGUCGAAUUGCUGCUGUCUGUCGGCGCAAGCGUACAGGCCACGACAGAGAGGCGGCACACUGCGCUGCACUGCGCGGCUAAUAAGGGACAUGUCUCGAUAGUGGAAAAAUUAGUACAGAAAGGUGCUGGGGCAACAGAUGUGGAUGUGUACAACUGGACACCGCUACACUGGGCCGCUGCGAAAGAACAACAGCGAACUUUAGAAAUGUUGAUCGAGAAAGGCGCCAAUGUCAACGGUGGUACAGCGGGGAUGACACCUUUGCACAUCGCUUGUGCACACGGCUAUCUACCAACGGUCGAACAACUGAUCGCUAGUGGGUCCAACGUCAAUGCAAAAGACAAAGACGGUUGGAGUGCUUUACAUCACGCUGCGAACGAGGGAAAUCUGGCUUUAGUAAAAUUUUUGAUCAGAAAGGGUGCGUUGGUCGGAGAAAUUGACAACGACGGGAAAACACCUUUGCACUGUGCAUGCAUGAAUGGCAGUGAAUACGUUGUGGAUUACCUGCUGACCAGAGGGGUAGACGUUAAUUCUCUGGACAGAUUUAGGCGUUCUCCGUUACACGUAGCUGCUGGCGAGGGGCAAACAGAUGUGAUACAGCUCUUGAUUAAUGACGGGGCAGAUGUAAACGCGUUUGACGAUGAAGAUUUGACCCCGCUUCAUGAAGCAGCAAAGUAUGGAAAAACAGGAGCAGUUGAUAUUUUGAUCAUUAGUGGCGCUGUUAUCCACGCUCCUGAUGCCGAUAACUGGACGGCACUUCACUAUGCCGCGUACAACGGACAUACCGAUGUUAUUACAGCUCUCGUGAAACACGGGGCAAACGUUGAGUCGAUUACGAGCUAUCGCGCGACCGCUCUUCAUCUCGCUGCCAUGCGAUCCCACCCAUCAGCUGUGGAGUGUCUGAUGGCUAACCGCGCUAUAGUCGACCAGAAAAACCAAGCUUGUAGCACACCACUCAUAUUAGCCACGAGAGCUGGCAGCUCCGCGAUCGUGCGCAAACUUAUCAAGAAUGGCGCUUCGGUGAACGCGAGAGAUUCGAAAAAACGGACGUCACUUCACUACGCCGCCGAAAAGGGUCACGAAGUAAUAGUCAAUAUACUAUUGAACCACGAAGCUGACGCCUCUAUCCGAGAUAGCAACUGUGAGACUGCUUUGAAUCUGUCCAUGAAAUACGACAGAAAAGACAUAUCUGGUUUACUCGCUGACGCAUCGUAUCGAUCGUCGAUAUGUGCGUGUAGCGUACAAUAACAGUUCGUACAGACCGUAUUCAGAAAUUAACAGUAUGCGUUAUCGUGGCGUAACGAUUCGAGCAUGCACAGUCAAAUCAUUACGAGUUUGUUUUUAAGGAAGUUUUAGAUUUUAACUUAAAUUGGUUUUAAUUGAAAUAUGUGAUUGAUGCAAGUCCUCUGGUCUUUUAAAAAAACGACACUAAAUUCAAAUAAAGCAGCAUUAUGCUGCACACUGAGUUCAAUACAUGUAA